UUUCAGUGUUACGACGUUUGUAAUUUAGCAGUUGGCCAACCUGACCAAGUUCUUCAUUCUCCGUCAACAUGUCGACACACAGAAAGAAAACUAGGAAACUAAGAGGACAUGUAAGCCACGGUCACGGCCGUAUCGGCAAACACCGUAAGCAUCCUGGAGGUCGUGGUAAUGCUGGUGGUAUGCACCACCACAGAAUCAACUUCGACAAGUACCAUCCUGGAUACUUCGGAAAGUUGGGUAUGAGGAACUACCAUGUAAGGAAAAACUCCAAAUGGUGCCCAGCUAUUAACCUAGACAAAUUAUGGACACUAGUUAGUGAACAAACUAGGUUAAAAUACAAGGAAAAUCCAGAGGGAAAGGCCCCAGUCAUUGACAUUGUCAAAGCUGGUUACUACAAACUUCUUGGCAAGGGUCGCCUACCUGAACAACCCGUUAUUGUUAAAGCUAAAUUCUUCUCAAAAAAUGCAGAAGACAAAAUUAAAGCUGUUGGAGGAGCCUGUGUAUUGUGUGCGUAAGAUGUUAAGGAUAAUAAAUUUGUAAAAUAAGUUUA